CCCUGUCAGGACAGGAGCUUCAUAGUCCUUCAGCUCUGGAUGAGGGAUAGAGGGAAGAAGGAAAGCAGCAGAAGCAGGGGUGAAGUGGGGACAGAGGAGAGUCUCAGCUUCCUGUGGAGGCAUUCGACCUGCAAUCAGCUAUGUGGAGCAUCACUCUCCUGUGGGGAAGCAUCCUUCUCCUGCCUAGCAUGGCUGAAAGACCUGCGAUGCUAAAUUAUGCUGUGGCAAUGCCAUCGCAGCUAUACUACCCCUUCUCAGAGACUGUGUGCCUCCAGCUCAGCAGAAAACAAGCAAUCCCAAUCCAUGUGACAGUAACCUUACAAAGCAGAGCUGGGAAUGAGACUUUGAUCACUCAGUCCAUCUCUCAGCUCACCUUCUUUCAUUGCACAAGCUUCCAGGUCCCUCCUCCUGUUGGAAACCCUGAUGAAGUGGCUUUUAUUGGGAUCACAGUGCUGGGAGACAACUCAGAGUAUCAGAAGACACAGAAAGUCCUAAUCAAGCACACAGACAAGAAGACUUUUAUCCAGACAGACAAACCAGUGUACAAACCUGGGCAGACUGUCAAGUUGAGAAUUGUAACCUUGGACCAGAACUUCAUUGCCAGCACUGAAGCGCACCGCCUUGUGGAACUGAAGGACCCCAAAGGGAACCAAAUUGCACAGUGGCUGAAUGUUGCACCUGUGGGAGGCAUUGUGGAUCUAUCCUUCACUCUGGCUGCAGAAGCACUGGUUGGAGAGUACACCAUCAAAAUGCCUGACUACAUGCAUACCUUCAGGGUAGAGGAGUAUGUGCUGCCCAAAUUCAGUGUCUCCAUCCAGAUGCCUCAGGUUGUCACCAUCUUGGAAGAAAGCUUCCGUCUCCUCGUCUGUGGCAUGUACACGUAUGGGAAACCAGUCCGGGGCAGUGUGAAGGCCGCAGUGUGCCGUAAGCAUAUCCGGUACCAUCGGAAAUCUUCCAAAGCCAAGCGCAGCGUUUGUAAGGAUUACUCUGGUGAGACAAAUGAGGAUGGCUGCUUUGCCACUGAGGUGAAUAUUAAGUUCUACCAGCAGAAGCGUGACAGUUAUGAUUUCAACUUGGAAGCUGUGGCUUUUCUGAAAGAAAGUGGAACAGGGGUAGAGUUCAACACCACUGAAAACUGCAAGGUCACUUUUGAUAUCACAACUCUCCAGUUCUGGGGGACAAGCUACUACUAUCAGCAAGGAGCUCCCUACUAUGGAAAUCUGGAACUCAAAAGUGCCAAUGGGACACACCUGAAGAACAAGGAAGUGAUUCUUACUGUGUCCUAUGGCAGCCAGAAGCAGACCAAGACCUACUUCACAGAUGACACUGGGAUGGCCUCUUUCACCUUAGAGACAUCAGCGUGGGGCAACAGUAGUAAAGUUUUGCUGCAGGCAAAGACCCAGCCGGAGGACUUAGGUGGUCGAAAUGUGAGAGUGUCUUAUGGCACUGCAUCCCUCACACUGAGGGCCUUCUACUCUUCCAGCCACAGCUCUGUGAGGAUCCAGCCAGUGCAGGCAAUGCUGCCUUGCAGGGACAUGCAGCAGGUCACUGUGCAUUAUCGCAUCCAAGCCACGGAGCUGGGGGAUGGGGCUGUCAGUGCAGACUUCUACUACCUGGUUUUGGCCAGAGGAUCCCUUGUGCAUCACGGGCAAACAACAGUUCUUCUUGAUCCACCAAUAGGUCAGUAUAGUGGAGCCUUCAAUGUCACUCUGCCUAUUGAACGCAUUUCACCCAUGGCUCUCCUCUUUGUUUACACUGCCUUCCCUGAGGGACAAGUGGCAGCUGACACCUUCAGUCUGAAAGUCUCCAAGUGCUUCAGGAACCAUGUGAAGCUUGGCUUCUCAGACACAGUGGCUCUCCCAGGAUCAUCUGUCCAUCUCCAUCUGCAGGCUGCACCAGGCUCCCUGUGUAGCAUCCGGGCUGUAGACCAGAGUGUCCUGCUCCUGAGGCCAGAGGCUGAGCUAUCCAGGGAUAGUGUGUACAAUAAGUUCAGCUAUUCUCAAGAACACCCAAGCUCCCUUCUAGAUUUUUAUAGUGACUACUGUAGUAUCCACAAGAGCCCAGGAACCAUUGGUUCCUCUGAGGCCACCCCCCCACCAGGAACCAUGUCACCAUUCAUGUACAACAGAUACUCUUAUGCAGUGUCCCAACCAGAUGUUUAUGAACUUCUAAAGAAUUCAGGCCUAACAUUUUUAACCAACCUUAAAAUCAAGUCUCCGAUUGAGUGUCGCACCCAGACCACUUUCUACUAUGACUACAUGUCUUAUGACGAGCUGGCAGAGUUGGACAACUUGGAGCCAGAAAUGGAUGUUGCUGUUGAACGUGCUGAGGCAGAGCACACUGAGCUGGGUAUCGAGGCAGGGCCAGUACGUACCUGGUUUCCAGAAACAUUCAUCUGGACUCUGGUUCCCAUCAAUGAUUCAGGGGCUGCUGAGUUAUCUGUCACAGUACCCGACAGUAUCACAGACUGGAGGGCCAUGACUUUCUGCACCUCAGAGAGCCUCGGGUUGGGAAUCUCAGAGACCACCAGCCUGAGGAGCUUCAAACCCUUCUUUGUGGAACCCACCUUGCCAUACUCUGUCUUCCGGGGAGAGUCAUUUCCCCUGAAAGUCAAAGUCUUCAGCUACCUGAAGCAGUGCAUGGUGCUCCAGCUUAGCCUAAUGGACUCCAGGGAUUUUGAAUUUGUGCAUGCAAAUGUCAAAUACACUAUUUGUCUGUGUCCUGAUUCAUCAGAAACUUUUUUCUGGAAUGUGAAGGCUACAACAUUAGGGAAGGUGAAUUUCACUGUCAGUGCUGAGGUGAUGGACCAGGAAGAUGUUUGCACAGAGACUAAAGCUGUUGUGCCAGAGUCUGGAGGGAAGGACACAGUGGUUAAACACCUGCUGGUAAAGGCAGAAGGGCUACUGGAGGAAAAGACCCAGACCUCACUCCUGUGCCCUAAAGGAACUUCAGCUUCAGAAAAAAUCACUUUCACUGUACCAGAGAACAGGGUCCUUGGGUCGGAGAGAGCCCACAUCUCUUUCUUAGGUGAUAUUCUGGGGACAGCCCUAGACAACAUAGAUGAGCUCCUUCAGAUGUCCAGUGGAUGUGGUGAGCAGAACAUGGUUCAUUUUGCCCCAAAUGUCUUUAUCACACGAUACCUUGAAGAAACAGGACAACUGACUCCAGAAAUCAAACAGAAGGCAAUUGGCUAUCUGGAAAGUGGAUAUCAGCGGCAGCUCCUGUACAAGCACACAGAUGGCUCAUACAGUGCCUUUGGGGAAGGAAGUGAGCCAGGGAACACAUGGCUUACUGCCCUUGUCCUCAAGACCUUCAGCCAAGCCCGAGAGUUCAUCCACAUAGAUGAGCAGAAUAUAAAGGAUGCUGCCAGUGCCCUGAUUAAAAGUCAGAUUCCAUCUGGCUGCUUCAGGAGUGUGGGGAAACUCUUCAACAAUGGUCUGAUGGGUGCAGUGGAGGAAGGACUGGGACUGAGCUCUGUGAUCGUCACCGCUCUCAUGCACUCAGGGAUGCCACGCUCUGAUCCAGUUGUGUCAAAAGCUCUGAAAUGUAUAAAGGAUCUGGUCAAUGCUGAUACUGGCAGUCCCAACCUCUACAGCUUGGCACUAGCUGCAAAUGCCUUUGCAGUAGCAGGUGAUAAGGCCUUCAGGCAGAAAAUCCUCAAUAGACUGGAGAAGGCAGCCAUUAUAUCAGAUGAUCAAAUAUUCUGGAGUCAACAGUCCAGACAGGAAGAAGACUCCCUCUCUUGGUAUCGGGCUCCAUCUGUUGAUGUGGAAUUGACAUCUACUAUCCUCAUGGCUCACCUUUCAAAGUCAAGUUUGUCUUCAGAUGAAAUCAGAGAGGCAUCCCAGAUUGUGUCUUGGCUCACCAAGCAGCAAAACCCUUAUGGAGGCUUUGCUUCAACACAGGACACAGUGGUUGCCUUGGAAGCCCUGGCUCUCUAUGCAACCAAGACCUUCAGCAAGGAUGGCCCCAAUCUUCAGGUUUCUCUCUCCUCUGAGGGUUUCAAUCAGAACAUCCAAAUAGACAACACCAAUCGCCUUCUGCUGCAGACAGUGGAGCUGCCAGACAUUCCCCAGGACUAUACUGUGCAUGUGCAGGGCCAUGGGUGCCUCUACCUACAGGCCAUCCUGCGGUACCACAUCCCCCCCCUGAGGAGUGACGCCACUUUUGCCUUGUCUGUGCAAACAGAGUGCACUGCACCUAACUCCAUCCAGUUCCCUGUCACCAUUCAUGCUCGCUACACAGGGAACCGUGUGUCCACCAACAUGGUCCUGAUCCAAGUGGAGCUGCUGUCUGGAUACAGGCCUGUGGCAGAUUCACUGGAAGAGCUAAAGAAAAUGCCUUUAGUGAAGAAAGUUGAAAGUGAAGCUGACCGAGUCAUUCUCUACCUGGAGGAACUGACCAGACAGCCUCACACCUACACUUUGCUGAUGCAGCAGGACAUGCAAGUGAAGGAUCGUAAGCCAGCUAAUAUCAAGGUCUAUGAUUACUACAUGCCAGAAGAAACUACAGUGAUGAGCUACAGUGCUCCAUGCAAGUGAGGAACAGACCCAUCCUCUUCAGUCUCUUUUCAUUAGUUCUUUGUCAUCCCUGCCAAAAGCCACCACAAGUAGAUGAGAAGCAAAGAGAAAAUACUUGAAGAUACUCCUGCUGUGGAGCUAAGUUUCUGAAAGGCUCAGGCUGUACCUUACAUCUUAUUAAAAGUCAGGAGA